UCAACAGGUGAUGUUCACAUGAUAGAAGCGGAUGUUCUUCUUCGUGGUGGCAAGGGAGGGAAUGGAGACCCUAUCAUGGCUCAUCCGCCUGAGACAGACAGUGACAACACGUUGCAGGAAUGGCUAAAAGAGAUUGUCAACACAAAUAAAGGCAUCAAACUGGAUUUUAAGAGCCUAGAAGCCGUCCAGCCAUCCUUGGAGCUUCUUGAGCAAGUGAAGCAGCAUCUGAGGAGACCCGUUUGGAUCAACGCAGAUGUCCUACUGGGACCGAAUGGAAACAGUGCUGCAGUGGAUGCAAAAGGGUUCCUUGACACCGUCACUUCGUUCUUCCCAAAUGUGACCUUAUCGCUGGGAUGGACAACUGGCUGGCGCCCUGACAGACACAAUAAAGGCUAUGAUUGGAUGAUGGUGGAAGAAAUGGCUCAGAUAUGCAGUACACUUUCCCAGCCUGUAUCUUUCCCUGUGAGAGCAGCAUUAGUACGACAGUCAAUACCAGAGCUGUGUUGGCUAAUGCAACAGUCAGACAGCUACAGCCUCACUGUUUGGACAGGAAAGGAAGAUGUCUAUUCUGUGGAAGAUUUGCUUUACAUCCGAGAAAACUUUGACAAAAGUAGGGUUUAUUACGACAUCUUAGAGCCACAAAAGUCUGAAUUCAAAAAAGCUAUAGGACUAGAAUAG